CUAAAUGUACCAUCUAAAUAUAUAUAAUUUGCAUUUUCUAACAUUUUUAAUUGCUUUUUUGUUGAAAAUAUUACUAUACGUUGAUCGAUUGGUCCGGGAUCAAACUGUAAAAAUGUUUGAUCACGAGCUGUUAUUGUAUAUUGUGGAUCAAUAACAAUUGAAUCACGAGUCGUUGGUAAUGAUAAUGGAUUUUGAUUUCGUUACCGAAUUCGUUGAACAUUACGUUUAAGAUUUCGCAAAUUUGUUAAAGAUGAAAUAGCAUUAUCAGAUAAUGUAGCUACAGCAUCAGUUACACUUGUACGUGCUGUUGCCACUUGUCCAGCUGAAUGA